AUUGCAGUGACAAUUACGUUACACCUCCGGAUCUGGGCUCAGCCUCCUCCUGCAGUCCUACCCUCAGUAUAUACCAGUAUAUACAUACAGCUUCCAAACCUAUACACACACAUCUAUAAAACCCCUCUUCUCUCUUCAGGUACUGUAAGCAUUACACAUUGACAGAGACAACAUAAUCUCAUGGCCACCUCAGAUGAAAAUAGUGGAUUGUUUCCGAUUUUCAUUUUGACAAUGCUGGCGAUUCCUUUAGUGCCAUAUACAAUACUAAAAUUAUGCCGUGCUGCCUCAAAAAAAGCCAAGCCUAUCCAUUGUGAGUGUUCAGUUUGCUCUCGGUCUGGAAAGUACCGUAGAUCAAUAUUUAAACGGAUAUCAAACUUCUCAACAUGCAGUAACAUGACACUAGUGCUGCUCUGGGUCGUCAUGGGUGUCCUUGUUUAUUACAUAAAAAAUAUGAGUCGCGAGAUUCAAGUAUUCGAGCCAUUUAGUAUACUUGGGCUAGAACCCGGAGCUUCAGAAUCUGAAAUAAGGAAGGCCUAUAGGAAGCUUUCUAUACUAUAUCAUCCUGAUAAAAAUCCAGAUCCAGAUGCAAACAAGUAUUUCGUGGAGUCCAUCUCAAAGGCUUAUCAAGCGUUGACAGAUCCAAUUUCGCGUGAGAAUUUUGAAAAAUAUGGUCAUCCUGAUGGUAGACAGGGGUUCCAAAUGGGAAUAGCUUUGCCUCAGUUCCUGCUUAAUAUUGAUGGUGCAUCCGGCGGGAUACUGUUGCUUUGGAUUGUAGGAGUCUGUAUUCUUUUGCCCUUGGUUGUAGCUGUUGUAUAUCUGUCAAGGUCAUCUAAAUAUACCGGAAAUUAUGUCAUGCACCAGACACUGUCAGCUUAUUAUUACUUCAUGAAGCCUUCCUUGGCCCCAAGCAAAGUCAUGGAUGUGUUUAUUAAGGCUGCUGAAUACAUGGAGAUUCCAGUUCGUAGGUCUGAUGCUGAACCUCUUCAGAAGCUUUUUGUGGUGGUUCGAAGUGAGUUGAAUUUGGACCUUAAGAACAUCAAGCAAGAGCAGGCAAAGUUUUGGAAGCAGCAUCCGGCCCUUGUCAAGACAGAGCUAUUGGUUCAAGCCCAUUUACUUCGUGAUACAGCAGCUUUGUCACCAGAAUUGCAGCGUGACUUUAAGCGUGUGUUGGAGCUUGCACCUCGCCUUCUUGAAGAGUUGAUGAAAAUGGCUAUUAUACCACGCACUGCGCAGGGUCAUGGUUGGCUAAGGCCUGCAGUUGGGGUCGUAGAACUUUCUCAAUGCGUUAUUCAGGCUGUUCCUCUUAGCGCAAAGAAAGGUGGUGGAGGUUCUCCCGAGGGCAGUGCACCUUUUUUGCAGCUACCGCAUUUUAGUGAAGCUGUCAUAAAGAAGAUAGCACGCAAGAAAGUGCGGUCAUUUCAGGAUCUACGAGAUAUGACCCUUCAGGACCGUGAUGACCUGCUUUCUCAAGUUGCUGGUUUCACUGCUGCUCAUGUUCAAGAUGUCGAAAGAGUAUUGGAGAUGAUGCCUUCCAUAACGGUCGAUGUUACUUGUGAGACUGAAGGUGAAGAGGGAAUACAGGAGGGUGACGUUGUUACAGUUCAGGCUUGGGUCACGGUCAAACGUGGUAAUGGUUUGAUCGGUGCCCUCCCCCAUGCCCCAUACUAUCCCUUUCACAAAGAAGAAAAUUAUUGGUUUCUGCUAGCAGAUCCCAAUUCAAACAAUGUAUGGUUUUCCCAAAAGGUCAUAUUCAUGGAUGAAGCAACAGCUAUAACUGCCGCUUCGAAAGCAAUUGAGGAGACAAUGGAAGGUUCAGGGGCCAGUCCCAAGGAAACUAGCAAAGCUACUAAAGAAGCAAUUGAGAAAGUAAAGACCGGCUCACGACUAGUGAUCGGCAAAUUCCAAGCACCAGCGGAAGGAAAUUAUAAUCUGACUUCUUAUCUACUUUGUGACUCAUGGAUCGGCUGUGACAACAGGACGAGCGUGAAAGUUAAAAUCUUAAAACGAACUCGAGCUGGUACUCGCGGAGCUCACAUCACAGAGGAAGGACCCAUUACAGAAGAUGGAGCUGAAGAAGAGGAGGAGAAUGACGAGGAAGAAUAUGACGAGGAUUAUGAGAGUGAGUAUAGUGAAGAUGAAGAAGACGCAAGGGAAACAAAUACUAAGGCUGCCGCAAAUGGAAAUGGCAGGCAGUCGAGUUCAGAAAGUUCAGAAUCAGAAGAAGAUUAAGAUAUUCAAGUUCACAGGUGACUGGGAAAAAAAAGAGAGGCUAUUUAAGUUGUAGGUUUUAAUCCCAAAGGUUCAUUGAGAGCAUUUCUCUUUCAAUCUGUUACACCAGCUAUACCUCUAUACUGAUUGCUCAUGUACACACCCAGCUAUACCUUUAUGCGGAUUUUGUAAACUAGAAUAUCAUACCAAAACAAAAAUUUUAAAACUUAAUGUUGGACCCAAAUCUUCCAAACGCUUUCAGUCAGAUUGCCAUAAAUUUAUGUUGCUCC